AUGCCACGAGAUCCGAUGUUGAAAAGGACCAAAGUUUCGGUUGUUCGAGAGAAACGAACCAGGGAUUAUGUGCCCGAAGGGUCUAUUUCCUUCAACGAUGAGGAUGCAGAAGGCAUCAUUCAGCCCUACAACGGUAGUUCGACUAAUAUUAUUCGAUGGAGAGUUGUAGAACAACUUGGUCUAUUGGAUCAGAUCAUACCGGCGGCUCGGGUUCUCAGUGGAUUCAACAUGGCAAGUGAAACUACUAAGGGGGAAAUCUCUUUGUCGGUAAACAUCGUCGGGACUAUUCAACAAACGGUGUUCUAUGUCAUCGAAGGUGAGAUGAAAUGCAACACAUUGCUCGGCAGACCAUGGAUUCAUAGCUUAAGGGUGGUAGCCUCAACAUUACAUCAAAUGUUGAGAUUCCCGACCUCGGAAGGGCUAAAAAUGGUGUGUGGCGAGCAACUCGCAGCAAGGGAGAUGUUCGCAGUCGAAAAAGAAGCCCCCACUCAAAAGGAACCGUUCCUGAAAACUGCUAAAUCAACCAAAGGCAAAGAUGCUAAAUAG